AUGGUUGGUGGAGCCAAUGAGAAGAGUCUGUUGAGUGCGCAGCUGAAAGGAUUCCCUCUGUUUCUGCACUCCAACCUGGGCCUGAAGGACUGUACCGUCAACCCCAAAUCCCCUCUGCUGCACGUCACACGAGCGCGACAGGUGUUUAGCGGUCCUCUGCCCGGGGACGACUGGACUGUCUUCCAGUCCAAUCACUCCACCUACGAGCCGGUUCUGCUGGCUAAAACCCGUUCGGCCGAGAGCACUGGACUCAUGCACACAUCCGUGGUUCAGGAUCUCGGGCUUCAUGACGGGAUUCAGAGGGUUUUGUUUGGACACAACCUCUCCUUCUGGCUACACAAGCUGGUGUUUGUGGACGCGCUGUCCUUCCUCACCGCUAAGAGACUGUCUCUGUCCCUCGAGCGCUUCAUACUGGUGGACAUCGAUGAUAUAUUUGUGGGAAAGGAAGGGACCAGGAUGAAGGUGGCAGAUGUGAAGGCGUUGGUUGAAACUCAGAAUGAGCUGCGCAGAUCGAUUCCAGAUUUCACCUUUAACCUGGGCUUCUCGGGGAAGUUCUUCCACGCAGGUACUGAUGAGGAGGAUCGGGGUGAUGAUCUGCUGCUAUCGUAUGUUGAUGAGUUCUGGUGGUUUCCUCACAUGUGGAGUCACAUGCAGCCGCACCGCUUCCAUAACCAGAGUGUGUUAGCAGAGCAGAUGAUGCUGAACCGACGCUUCGCUGAGGAUCACUCCAUCCCGACUCAUCUGGGUUAUGCGGUGGCUCCUCAUCACUCCGGCGUGUAUCCCGUCCACAUCCAGCUGUACGAGGCCUGGAAGCGCGUGUGGGACAUCAGAGUGACCAGCACUGAGGAGUAUCCACACCUCAAACCCGCUCGAUUCAGACGCGGAUUCAUUCACCGUGGUAUCAGAGUUUUGCCCAGGCAGACGUGCGGUCUGUUCACACACACCAUCUUUCAUAAGGACUAUCCCGGCGGGCCGCAGGAGCUGGAGCGGAUCAUUGACGGAGGGGAGCUGUUCCUCACCGUCCUGCUCAACCCCAUUAGCAUCUUCAUGACACACCUGUCCAACUACGGGAACGACCGUCUGGGUUUGUUCACCUUCAAACGGCUGCUCAACUUCCUGCUCACCUGGACUCACCUGAAACUACAGACGCUUCCUCCGCUGCAGCUCGGCAACAAAUACUUCCAGCUGUUUCCGUCGGACGCCGAGCCGCUCUGGCAGGACCCCUGUGAGGAUAAAAGACACAAGGACAUUUGGUCGAAAGAGAAAACCUGCGACCGUUUCCCAAAACUGCUGCUCAUUGGGCCUCAGAAGACGGGAGCGAUGGCGCUCUAUCUGUUUCUGGGGAUGCAUCCUGAUCUGAGCAGUAAUUACCCCAGUAAAGAGACGUUUGAGGAGAUUCAGUUCUUCAGCAGUCACAGUUAUCACCGGGGCAUCGACUGGUAUAUGGAGUAUUUCCCCCUCCCGUCCAACAGCAGCUCUGAUUAUUAUUUUGAGAAAAGUGCCAGCUAUUUCGAUUCGGAUGUAGCCGCGGCCAGAGCUGCAGCGCUGCUGCCCAGAGCGAGAAUCAUCACGGUCCUGAGUGACCCUGUGGAGCGAGCCUUUGCCUGGUACCAGCAUCAGAGAGCACAUGCUGAUCCUGUGGCUCUGAAAUACUCUUUCCAUGAUGUCAUUACGGCAUCCCACAAUGCACCUGUGAAGCUGCAGGUUCUGCAGAAGCGUUGUCUGGCUCCAGGAUGGUACGCCACACACCUCUCGCGCUGGCUCGAACACUACCACCACGACCAGAUUCUGGUUGUGGACGGCCAGACAUUGAAAACGGAUCCAGCAUCAGUCAUGGAGAAGAUCCAGACUUUUCUGGGUUUGGAGAAUCAAGUCGAUUACCACAAGACACUAGCGUUUGACCCAAAGAAAGGCUUCUGGUGUCAACUGCUGGACGGAGGAAAGACCAAGUGUUUAGGGAAGAGUAAAGGACAGAGAUACCCGGACAAACAAUCUCAGGUGUUUUUGAGGAACUACUACAGAGAUGGUAAUAUCCAGCUCUCUAAACUGCUGUAUAAAAUGGGUCAGGUUCUGCCCGGCUGGCUCAGAGAGGAUCUGCUCAACAUCAGGUAACAGAGGCUCUCGUUUGGUCAACAGCACAAACGUCUGGAGUGCCAUAAGACUCUCAGAGUCCACCGAUGGACGUACAGGAGGAACAAACCACCUCUGACUGGAGCUUGUUCUUACCUAGAUGAGUUUGAACUAAAAACAAAUUUAAAGAACUGACUUAGUACUUUUAAAACGUGCUGAUAGUAAUUUUGUAAUUAUUUAAAGUCCAGUAUUUAUGAACUGACUUUUAUCUGUCCUGUUAUUGACACUGGAUCAGACUGUGCUGAACUAAUAUGAAGAUCCUCAAACAUAUUGCUGCAGAAACUCAACAACUUUAUUUUUACUCAACAAAUUUGAUGCAGACUCGAUUUGAUUUUAUGAAGUCAAAAAUUAUGCCAACGGCCUGUGAUGUCUAAUAUGGACAUUUUUGUUUUACUUUUUGUUUUUACAUUUUUCGCUAGUUCUCUGUUGUUGUUGUUUUUGUGUGUUCGGGGCAGUUUUACAUUUUCUAACGUGGACGUUUACAGGAGUCGAUUUACUCGCCUUCAUGUCGCUUCAAACAGAGGACUUUCUCUCUCUUCUGUGAAACUUUGUUGAGCGCCAAAAGUACCAUCAAACAUUAGUGCACUAUAUUCCAUCUCUUCAGAAAUCAUGUGAUGCUCUGAGUGACAAACAGAUUGAAAUUUCAGUGAGUUGUCGUAAUUUUAUUCAUGUUCAUUGUAUGAAAUAUAAUCUUUUGUGUUUCACAGAAGAACUUCAUAGAGGUUUGAAUGACAUGAGUGUGAGCUAAUCAUUGUUUUUGGGUGAAUUAUCCAUUUAAAGUUGCAUCUCAUUAGCUAAAUCAUACAUGGUUAAAUAUUAGAGCAAAAUAAUAAAUUGCUACUGUAGUGAAUUUAGAGUUUAAAGUGCCAUUUAAGUGUUUUUUGUGUGUGUGUGUGUGUGUGUGUGAGAACAGCCUGUUAAUGUCAUGUUAUUUGUUUUAUUUUCUCAUUGUGGUUGAAACACAAAACUGGUGAUUUUAUUAAAAGGUAAAUGUGUUAUUAAACCAAUAGUCCACCCAAAAUCUAAAAUUGUAUUUUGUUUAUCCUCAAUGUCUUUCGAAACUCAUAUAACUUAAGUGGAAAACAAAAUGUUUAGAUUUUUCCCUUCAAAUCAGGCUUGAUGUCAGUGAAAUCAAACAAACUACUGGCUCUCAUAAUUGCGUUUUCCUUUACUGUUCCUGGCAUUUUCAUUUAUUUAUUUAUAAUUUUUUUCGUAAAGGUCACCUGUCAUUUGUGUGAAAUUCAUUAUACAUUAAGGAAUAGAAUAUUGGGCAGAUGAUGAAAAAAUCACUCAUGUGACCUUUGGAAAACCACUUUUAUUACUACAGGGUUUAUAUUGUAGUGCCCAAAAACCAUGGUAUUAACAGUUUCUAUGGAUUAUUGAUAUGGUAAUAUGAAUAUAUGUGCACAGAUUGAAGCGUCUCUCACUACAUGAUUCAGAAAUCAAUUCUCAUGUUUUCUUCUUGGACUGAAAUCUGACCUGGUCAAACGCAUGAAGAUUAGAGCAAAAUAAACCUCACUG